GUCAAUAUGCGUAUUUAAAAAUAUUUCUCUGCUCGAUUUCUUUUUCUACUCUAUGCUCUUUUCUUGUCCAGGCGAGCGAUUGGUUGUGCGCGAAACAUGAACUGACUACCGCGAUAGUUGUAUGUAUCGCGAGAGUUAUUGAUGCGCGUGUUUGUGGAAUUUGCGCGUAGCCGACGUGUCGAAGGCGGUGCUUUUCCAUGACUCGGAUAGCGAGUAUCCCAGGCGGGCUUUCUUUAAAUUCGUUGAAACGUUAAGUUAUAUUCACAUAAUAGUAACGAUUGGAUUUUAAAAAGCACUGCAAUAGAUUCUCAAAUAUUACAUUCAGUAAAAAACGAGGGUCUGCGCCCCCUCAAUCAAAGAGGCCAUCAUGAAGCUGACGGACAAUGUGCUGCGGAGCUUCAGGGUUGCAAAGGUUUUCCGGGAAAAUUCAGACAAAAUCAACUGUUUUGAUUUCAGCUCAAACGGCGAAACCAUCAUUUCUAGCAGCGAUGACGACUCCCUAGUUUUAUACGACUGCCAGGAGGGAAAACCCAAGCGGACCCUCUAUAGUAAGAAGUAUGGAGUGGAUCUGAUCAGGUACACACAUGCAGCCAACACUGUGGUCUACAGCUCCAACAAAAUUGAUGACACUAUCCGGUACCUCUCCCUCCAUGACAACAAGUACAUCCGGUACUUUCCUGGACACAACAAACGAGUGACGUCUCUCUCCAUGUCCCCUGUGGAUGACACGUUUAUCUCAGGAUCUUUAGACAAGACAAUCCGGCUAUGGGAUCUGCGGUCUCCAAACUGCCAGGGCCUGAUGCACCUACAGGGGAAGCCAGUUUGCUCAUUUGAUCCGGAGGGUCUGAUCUUUGCUGCUGGCGUGAACUCUGAGAUGGUCAAACUGUACGACCUGCGGUCCUUUGACAAGGGCCCUUUUGCUACCUUCAAGCUGCAGUAUGACCGUACUUGCGAGUGGACAGGACUCAAGUUCAGCAACGAUGGGAAGCUCAUCCUUGUCUCAACCAACGGGGGUGCCCUCCGCCUCCUCGACGCCUUCAAGGGAGCUGUGAUGCAUUCCUUUGGGGGCUACAACAACAGCAAAGCGGUGACGCUGGAGGCCUCCUUCACUCCUGAUUCUCAGUUCAUUAUGAUUGGCUCUGAAGAUGGGAAGGUCCAUGUUUGGAAUGCAGAGAGUGGGAUGAAGGUGGCUGUUCUGGAUGGGAAGCACACGGGUCCCGUCACCUGUCUUCAGUUCAACCCCAAAUUCAUGACUUUUGCUAGUGCUUGUUCAAACAUGGCAUUCUGGCUGCCCACCAUUGACGAUUGAUUGAGAGAGAAAUGCUCUGAGUGGGUCACUGAUGGAGGCCACAGGUGAAGUGAGAUCCAAUUUAAAACCAGCAGGUGUCAGCACAUCCAGCUCUAGGACAAUUUUUCUAUGGCGUGUGUGUGGUAAAUCAAGUUGAUUGUAAAUAUGUAGGACUUCAGGUAUAUAAAUGGUCUGAUUUUCUGUUCUUUUAUACUUGUAACAUUAAAUAUGUUUUCAUUUUCUAA